AUGAAGCCCGUCUUGAGUACCUUUGCAUCCUUCUUUAUCCUGGGCGCCUCUCUUCCAUGGGAGGUCGACUCUGGUCUAAACUCCCUCUCCAGCAGACAAUAUUCCUCCUGCGAUAAAUACAGCGCCGGCCUCUGCUCCUGCUUCUGCAAUUACAACGGAUACCAGUACUACCGCUGCGCCCCAGACCAAUGCAUGUGCUACAACACCUACUACCCAGACUGCUACUACGCAUACUACUACUACCCGUCUGGUGGCUAUCCCGCUCCAGAAGAAUUCCAUCCCCCGCAGUAUCCCAGCUGUCCCAAUUUCCCUUACUGUGACCAGAUCCCGUAUGCGAAUGAGUGCCAAACUUGCACCGCGGCCAAUAUUCACCCGACGGAGUGUCCGACUUGCGGCGGUUCUGGAGGUGGAGGCGGCGGAAGCGGAGGUGGUAGACCAUCUCCAUCUCCAGGCGGCGGUGGUGGUGGCGGUGGUAGUACUGGCGGCGGCAGCUCUCCAGCACCUCCUCCCCCAGGCGGUGGUGGUGGAGGAAGUACCGGCGGAAACCCAAGUCCUCCUGGUGGUGGAGCUGGGGGUAUGCCAGGUGGGAAUACCGGUGGGGGUUCGUCCGGCGGCUCGGGGGGUUCUCCAGGGGGGAGUCGGCCUCAGCCUACGCCUUGA